CGGUGACAGAAAGUCGGCCCAGCAGAUGAGGAAGUGGCAGGCAGGCUGGCCCGGGGACUCGUCUGGCCCUGCUCCUCCGAGCCCUCCGCCGCUGCCCUCCUGGUCCCCGCUGAGUCCUUAGCCAGGAUGGAGGCUGUCGUCAGCUUGUACCAGGAGAUGAUGAAGUAUGCAGAUCCUCGGGUCCAGAGCUACCCUUUGAUGGGGUCCCCCCUGCUAAUGACUUCCAUCCUCCUAACCUACGUGUACUUCGUCCUCUCCCUUGGACCUCGAAUCAUGGCUAAUCGGAAGCCCUUCCAACUCCGAGGCUUCAUGAUUGUUUACAACUUCUCCCUGGUGGCACUGUCCCUCUACAUUGUCUACGAGUUCCUGAUGUCUGGCUGGCUGAGUACCUACACCUGGCGCUGUGACCCAGUGGACUAUUCCAACAGCCCAGAGGCACUUAGAAUGGUUCGAGUAGCCUGGCUUUUCCUCCUUUCCAAAUUCAUUGAGCUGAUGGACACAGUGAUCUUUAUUCUCCGAAAGAAAGAUGGGCAGGUGACUUUCCUACAUGUCUUCCAUCACUCAGUGCUUCCCUGGAGCUGGUGGUGGGGGGUAAAUUUUGCCCCAGGAGGAAUGGGCUCUUUCCAUGCCAUGAUAAACUCCUCUGUGCAUGUUGUCAUGUACCUGUACUAUGGAUUGUCUGCCCUCGGGCCUGUGGCUCAGCCCUACCUUUGGUGGAAAAAGCACAUGACAGCCAUUCAGCUGAUCCAGUUUGUCCUGGUCUCACUGCAUAUCAGCCAGUACUACUUCAUGCCCAGCUGCGGCUACCAGUACCCAAUCAUCAUCCACCUCAUCUGGAUGUAUGGCACCAUCUUCUUUGUGCUGUUCUCCAACUUCUGGUAUCAGUCUUACACCAAAGGCAAGCGGCUGCCCCGUGUACUUCAGCAAAAUGGUGCUUCAGGUAUCACCAAGGUCAAGGCCAACUGAGAAGCAUGGCCUAGCUAGGCGCCCACCUAAGUGCCUCAGGACUGCACCUCGGGCAGCAUCCAUCAAUGUCCUCUCCACUACACCUGUGACCAGGGCGUCUGUGGUCAGGACUGAGCAGGGGACUCACCCUCCUCACAGCUGGUCUACAGGGACCACUGCUUCCGUUCCACUUCUGCCAGCCAGCUCUGGGGGUGUGGCCUCGUUACCCUCUGCCACUCCAGAACUGGAGGCUGAAAGGGCUGGACACUUACUUUCGUCUCCCUGCCUGAAACUUGGGAAAGAAACACUCAGGGCUGGUCCCCACCAGGGUCUUGUGGCCUUUUUCCUCACACUGAAGAGGUCAGCAAUAAUCUGUCACUAUGGACCAAGGCUCCCUCUCCCUCCUCCACUCCACAAGAAGCAGAGAAGCUUCUGGGCCAAAGAUCAAGGGUGGGUGGCCUGGGAAUGCAAGCUGGAGAGGCUGUGUACUCAUUCACUUGUAUCUUAAUUAAAGUGACAGAGGAAACUAC